AUGGCGGAAAAACCAAUCUCGGAUGGUACUGAAGCCUCCAGAAGAAAGGAUGAGGUGAUCGACGAUAUGUUUAGCCACCUAGAGCUAAACGAUGAUGAGCUUGAUGAUGUGGUGAUCGGAGCCCAGGAAGCGAAGGAAUAUCAAAAAGAUGCGCGAUGGCUAGCGAUUGGGAAAGUGCACACAAACAGAUCGUUUAGUGCAGAUGCCCUAUUUGAAAAGAUGAAAAGCAUCUGGAACCUAGCAAGAGAUCCAAUCUGCCGUGAAGCUGGUGAGAACCUUUUCAUUUUUCAGAUGCACUGCUUGGCGGAUUGGAAAAAAGUAGUACAUCAGGGCCCUUGGACCUUCCGUGGUUUUGGCCUACUGGUUGAGGACUAUGAUGGCCUCAGCGAUCCUGAGGAGUUUAACUUUGGUGGCAUGCAUGUUUGGGCUCAGAUCCAUGGGAUCCCAGAGCUGUAUCGUAAGCUGGAAGUAGUCGAUGAUCUGGCUCGUCGAGUCGGGAAAGUAAAGGAAGUUCAAAUGUCGCCAAAAUUGUUUUAUGAAGGAAACUAUGUUCGCAUUAGGGUCAGAAUUGAUGUAGCAAAGCCAAUGCUCCGUUUUACAUCUCUCUCCCUACCGGAGGGGAGGAAGAGACUCCCAGUGAAAUAUGAGAAAGUGCCCUUUUUCUGUAAGCGGUGUGGAUUGUUCGGCCAUGGCCAUGAGGAGUGUGGUGAUGGGGUCUGGGAAGAGAACCAAUUGCAAUAUGGAAACUGGAUGCUAGCUACACGGAGAGUGAACCAACCUUCCCUGGCACCUCGACGUUUUGUUCCUUCUGAACCAAUUAGAGGUGGAUGGGCUGGGAGGGGAGCCACACAUCAAACAUCAAACAGGAAGCGGUCAUCAGAAGAAGCGUCACUCUCUAAUGCAGAAGACCUCAAGGACACAUGCUCUAGCCCAGUUAAAAAUUCCCAAAGUGACGAACCUGCUGAUGAGGAAGAAAAUGAUACUGAUGCUAGAAGAAAGUUGAUUUUGGCUAACACUGAAAUGCAGGCUGAUGGGAAUACCAUGGACAUUGGAAUUGAUGGUGGUGGUACACUGACGCCACCACUUCCUCAUGGCUAUGUCAAGCAGAAGGAGAAGAAACAAAGGAAGGUUAUUUCAGCUACAAAUGGAAACGAACUGGCAACAUCGGCGGCCUCCUCCGAGGAGGACCGCCGGGCCCAAUGA